AUGGAUGCCAAAGGCGAAUACACUAUAGGAGUUUCCAGGAUCUUCGAGUCCUCUCCACGCUCGCGAAGACGCGCCCUCCGACGUUGGAGACUGCCAGUCGUGACGGCGAUAUGCAUUGCAGGACUGUUCGUCUACAGCCCCAGCGAGAUCUCGUUCCAACCAAAUGCAGUUUCUCAGAAUGAUUUCUACGAAGGACUGCAACAGUGUCACGACACUGCAACUCCGCUACCCCAGCGAGACGCCCCAACCAGCGACAGACAAAACCCCCGCUGGAAUUCCGUCUCGGGACAAAAGACGCCCAUCGUAAUCCAAAACGCAACCCUUUUCGACGGAGAAUCUAUCCUUCCCGACUUCGUCGACAUAAUAUUCGACACCGGCGUGAUCCGCUCCAUCAUCCCUGCUGGCUCAAACGAUUCCUCCUUUCCGCACAACGCAGAGGUCAUCAACAUCCACGGGAAAUAUGUAACCCCAGGGCUGGUCGACAUGCACUCGCAUCAUCUGGAGUCACCGUUCCCUGCCUUAUCUGGAACAGCAGAUGUAAACGAGCGUCCGUUGCUAGGCCCCAUCACGCCGUUCGUGCGCGCCCUGGAUGGAUUCACGGCUUCUGAUCCGGCAAUUCGGAUUAUUGCCUCUGGCGGCGUUACAUCGUCCCUUGCUCUACCAGGCUCGGCGAAUAUAGUCGGUGGUGAGGCGUACCCCGUUAAGAACCUGCCCUUCCCUGGUGCGAAUGGGGAGCCGGUUAGUGAGGAACUGUUACUGGAGCAUGGGAUUCCGGAGGCGCAGAGGCAGCGGUAUCUUAAGAUGGCUUGUGGGGAGAAUCCGAGGAGGGUUUAUGGACAUACGAGGCUCGGACUUGCGUGGCUGUUGAGGAAGGAGCUUGCGAGGGCGAGAGAUAUACAAAGGGAUCAAGAUGCAUGGUGUCGAGCAGCGGUUGAGGUUGAGAAAAGCUACAGGUAUACGCGGACGAGGGAUAUAUCAAAGUUCCUUGCGAGGGAAGGUGGCCGGCCGCAUUCAUUCGAACUCGAAACUUUUCUGGCGCUUCUUAGGGGUGAACUCAAUGUCAACGUCCAUUGUUAUACCCCCGAAGACCUGGAGCGGAUUCUGUCAGUUCUGCAUGAGUUUGGCAUACAUAUCAAGGGUUUUCACCACGCGUUGGAAGCGUGGCAGGUGCCUGAGUUACUGAAACAGUGGGAACCGAAUGUUACUAUUGCAACGUUUGCCGAGCACGCGUUCUACAAAUCUGAGGCGUUUGGGGCGAAUCUACGGGGGCCGAAGAUAUUGAACGACCAUGGCCUCCAAGUUGCUUUGAAAUCGGAUCAUGGCUCUGAAGAAUAUAAUGCCAAAUACCUUCUUGACCAAGCUUCUAUUGCCCAUUCAUAUGGCCUGCCUGCCGAUAAAGCCCUUCAGUCUGUAACAUCAGUUCCGGCUCGUUCUAUACAGCAAAGCCACCGCAUUGGAUACGUUCGCCCGGGCUAUGACGCCGACAUUGUCCUCUGGGAUGACCACCCACUCGGAGUAGGUGCGAACCCCGUUGAGGUCUUUAUCGAUGGUCGUCCUCUGUUGGAGAAUAAAGAUAUUACCGGUCAAACUUCUCCCGCGAAGUCAGGCAUUACAGACAAUAGGGAAAAUGCACCAGCAAUACGUCCGUAUAUUGGCACCGAGGAGAGGGACAAUGUCUGCACACGUAUGCAAGACUCCCAGGGGCCGGUCCUUUUCACGGGCGUCACAAAGUCAUUAAUUGACGUCCCGAGCUUGGACGGGCAGGAAACCGACAACCUCGUCCUCGUGGUUGAAAACAAGCAAGUCUCCUGCCUGGGCACAAAAUCAACAUGUCUCGGCCAACUUCAAACAUCGGAAAACUUCACAGAAAUCCCUCUCAAGAACGGCCACAUAACCCCAGGACUCAUAGCCUUCGGAAACAAUCUCGGUAUCCAAGAGAUCUCACCGGAGCCUUCUACAGGGGACGGUUCAGCCGGGUCUAGCGGGGACUUGCUUGACGAAACGAAGAGCGUCCACUUUGCUAAAUACAGCGUCCAUUUGCACGGCCGGGCUUUUGAUAGAGCGCGGAUUGGGGGUGUAACGAAAGCUGUCUCGCCGCCGCAUGGGAGUGGUGUUGUUCGGGGAGUUAGUGCCGGCAUACGCACUGACGCGAAAGCGUCUAUUUUGGAUGGAGGUAUAUGGCGUGACGAUGUUGCGCUUCAUCUUGCCGUUGGGCAGGGUGCUAAGGACAACGAUGCGCCGACUGUUGGUUCUGGGAUCGAGUAUGUGCGCCGGAUAUUGGAGCAGGGUCAGAAGGAAGAUGCCACGAGCAGCGGUGUAUAUGUACAGGCUGCGAAUGGCUCUCUUCCGCUCGUGGUACAGGCAUAUAAUCAGGAUGAUAUUGCGCAGCUCAUUCUGAUCAAGCGGGAUUUCCCCUCAGUUAAUCUCAUAAUAUACGGCGGUCAUGGCGCUGCAUUGGUUGCGAAACCGCUCGCAGAAGCAGGCAUUCCGGUCAUCCUGACCGGGAACCGUGGUGUACCAGAUACCUGGGAAAAGAAAAACGUCCUCCCUGGCCCACCUUUGAGUGCCAGCCCUGCCAAAUUCUUAAUUGAGGCUGGAGUACAUAUCGGUUUAGCAGUCAAGGACGACUCCAAGAUUCACGGUUUGGCACGAGAGGCUCGAUGGGCAGGGAAAUAUGCUGGGCUCUCCGAUAAAGACGCGAUAGCGCUUGUAUCGACAAAUAUCGACAGGAUUCUGGGGCUCCCUUCUGGUGCUGAACCUGGGAAUAGUGGAAAUAACCAUGAAUUUGUGAUCUGGGAAGGUGAUCCAUUGCGAGGCGAGGGUUCGGUGGUGGCCGCUGUUCAGGAAGAUGGGCUGAUUGCUGAUUGCUGGCCAGACGUUGGAUUGGAAUAA